AUGGAGACGAUAAGCCGGAAAUUUGAGCAUGUGUUAGAGUGUGUUUGCAACCUAGCUAAAGAUAUCAUCCGACCAAGUGACCCUAAUUUCAGUACAGUACAUCCCACGAUAGCAGACCACCAGUAUGCUCCUUUCUUCAACAAUGCAAUUGGAGCAAUCGAUGGAACACAUGUCAAAGUGAUCGUGCCCGGCAAGAAGGUUGGACCAUAUUUCAAUAGGAGCAAGGAGAAGAGUCAGAAUGUGCUGGCAAUAUGUGACUUCUACAGGAGGUUCACGUUUGUCGCAGCUGGCAUUCCUGGUUCGGCACAUGAUUGGACUGUGCUACAAGAGGUGAUGCAGAGGUACAGUGGCAAUUUUCCUCGUCCUCCCCCAGAGAAUGAUAGCGAUGAUGUAGACUUCAAUAUGGAUGAGGCAGAGGUGACAUUGCCAGUACCGGAUGAAGAUGAUGCUGAUGAAGAGGUGGAUGCUACUGCAUCGCCACUUGUAGAAGAUGAAGACAUGAAUGCACUGCGUGAUGAAAUACCAGUAGGGUGCCUCUUGGCAUCACGUUUACAAAAAGGAAAACAAACGGCAACACGGGAACAGCGAGAAACGGGGGCUACCUUCCCUGCGACCAGCGAGCGACCCCACCACCCAGGCGCUCGCUCGCCGCCGCUUCCGCUCCUCUCCCUCCUCCCCCAUCCCGAGCGCGGCUGGUCGGGUUCCCUCCGGCGCGCGCGGCUGGUCGGGUUCCCUCCGGCGCGCGCGGCGACUCCUCCCGGGUUCCCUCCGGGGUCGCCCCAUCCCGCCGGCGACUCCUCGUCUCUCUACCCCGCCUGGAGCCAGAGACCGCGCGCACGCGUGCUCACUCGCGAUCUGUUAGGGUUCCCUCCGGCGGGGCCACCACCCAUGCCGUCGGCGGCGGCGGCGGCCUCCGCGGCGGCGCUCCUCUUCCUCCCCCUCCUCGCUGCCGCGGGCGAGGGGGCGGUCUGCCCAAGGCCGCCCGCCGCCGCAGCCGUCUUGCGCCACGCGCCCGCCUCUUGCUCGGCGGCGGACGCCCCGGGGCCCCGGCGUCGCCAAGGCGCCGUCGUUGAGGGUGAUGAUGGGGCUCUGCAAAAGGCAAUAGCACUUGUGCUGCAGAACAGGGAAGAUUUUGUUGCUAUUCUUUUUUAUGCUUCGUGGUGUCCUUUUUCUAAAAUUUUCAGGACAGAUUUUCAAAAGCUAUCGUCCUUUUUUCCGACUAUUGCUCAUUUUUCUUUCGAAGAAUCUCAUAUCAAACCCAGAAUAUUGUCGAGAUACGGAGUUCGUGCCUUCCCGACUCUUUUCCUUGUGAACUCUACAGUGCGUGUGCGUUAUCAUGGAUCUCGGACCAUGAAUUCCCUCGCUAUGUUCUAUAAAGAUGUUACAGGUACAAAUCUUGUGUCAUUGGACGCAAUAGCCCUGGAGACAGUGGAGGAUAUAGUAACUAUAAUCGAUAAUGAUAACAAGAGCAAAAAGGAGGAUUCUCUGUUAUUAUGGGCAAGAUCACCAGACAGGUUACUUCAUCAAGAUACAUGUCUUGCAUUGGCUAGCUCUUUUGUCCUCUUGAGGUUGCUUCAUUUCCUUAUACCCAAGAUCAAUGCGUGUAUGAAGCAUGCAUGGAGGAUGCGACUUUAUGAAUUGAAUAGGUUGUUUCCUGGCUUGUCUUGACUCUUGAGGGAACCAAUGUGGACCUUUAAACUUGAACUGAUUGUCUAAACAAGGCAGCAUACACAUAAGCGUUGCAUGCAGCAAACCAGAUCAUGAGAGGGUUGGGGUUCUGUCAAUGUCUGCUCAUAAGUUAAUCAACAUUGUUGGCUCAUGGAUGACUAGUGAAAAAAGGUAGUUCUAGCAGCUCAGUAUAUUCCCAAGGUCUCAUCAGUGGAUGUAUCAUAUUCCCUCGGUCUUAACUCUUUUAUGUGUCAACUAUCUGUGGUCGUUCCUUGGAAAUGUCUUUACAAGCUUAAGUGGCAUUCUUGGAAACGGUGGCGUGAAUGGUGAUCAUCUAUGCCAUCGGCCAUCUCUGUGCAAAUUCAAAUGUGCAUCUUGGUCUUAUUCUGGAUAAACAAAAAAUACAUGUAUUCUAAGAAAGAUGGUUCUUCUAGGUUAGUCAUACAUGAUCGAUAUGUCUGUGAUUAACAAACUCGAGGGCGUCCGUACUUUUUGUGUAUAGUUAGCAAUCCCGUUGACCAACUGGUUGUUCUAGUGAAGUUUACUGGAUGCAAAUGGAAUUGAUCACAUCGACAUAAGUUAUUUUUUUCUGGCAUGUGA